AUGUUCCUAAAAUUAUCCCACAGUGCCUCCAUAACAGAAUUCGGUGGCGUCGGAGACGGCAAAACACUGAACACAAAGGCGUUCCAGAGCGCCAUUGUUCAUCUCAGCCAAUACUCAUCCGACGGCGGAUCUCAGCUCUUUAUACCCGCCGGAAAAUGGCUCACCGGGAGUUUCAACCUCACAAGCCAUUUCACUUUGUUUCUUCACGAAGACGCUACUCUUCUCGCUGCUCAGGAUAUUAACGAAUACCCGGUUCUAAAGGCUUUGCCUUCCUACGGUAGAGGACGUGACGCCGCCGGCGGAAGAUUCGCUAGUCUCAUCUUCGGAACUAAUCGCUCCGACGACCGACGGAAUAAUGGUACGAUCGACGGUCAGGGAUCGUUUAGGUGGCAGAAAUUCCACGGUGGCAAGCUUAAGUACACGCGUCCGUAUCUGAUCGAGUUAAUGUUCUCCGAUAUUAUUCAGAUUUAUAAUCUGACGCUUCUUGAUUCUCCACCGUGGAAUAUCCACCCAGUCUACAGUAGGUAUAGUUACACCCUAUACCUAUCUACUGUUUCGAAAUCCAUCUAA